GAAAGCAACAGGAGAGUUCAGCUAAGCAGCGGGGGGUACACCUUCACCGGCGGCGAGAAGAUGGCCGGCGGUGGGGCGAAGGUGGCGUCGCACGGCGCGUUCCAGGGGGAGAACCCCCUGGACUACGCGUUGCCGCUCAUCAUCCUGCAAAUCUGCCUCGUCAUCGUCGUCACCAGAGGCCUCGCCUACCUCCUCCGCCCGCUCCGCCAGCCCCGGGUCAUCGCCGAGAUCAUCGGCGGGAUCCUGCUCGGCCCGUCGGCGCUUGGCCGGAGCACCACGUUCCUGGACGCCGUCUUCCCGGCGCGCAGCAUGGUGGUGCUGGACACGCUGGCCAACCUGGGGCUCCUCUUCUUCCUCUUCCUCGUCGGCCUCGAGCUCGACCUCAACGCCAUCCGCCGCACCGGCAAGAAGGCGCUGGCCAUCUCCCUCUCCGGCAUCGCCGUCCCUUUCGCCAUCGGCAUCGGCACCUCCUUCGCCUUCCGCGCCACCCUCCCCGGCCUCCAGGACUCGCCCAAGGCGCCCUUCCUGGUCUUCAUGGGCGUCGCGCUCUCCAUCACCGCCUUCCCGGUGCUCGCGCGCAUCCUCACCGAGCUCAAGCUCCUCACCACCGACCUCGGACGCAUGGCCAUGUCGGCCGCCGCGGUCGACGACGUCACGGCCUGGAUCCUGCUCGCGCUCGCCAUCGCGCUUUCGGGGACCGGCUCACCCAUCAUCUCGCUCUGGGUGCUCCUCACCGCCGUCGGCUUCGUCGCCGCCGUGUUCGUGCUCCUCCGCCCGCUGCUCGCGUGGAUGGCGCGGCGGUCCCCCGAAGGCGAGCCCGUCAAGGAGGUGUACAUCGUCGCCACGCUCGCCCUCGUUCUCGCCGCCGGGUUCGUCACCGACGUCAUCGGCAUCCACGCUCUGUUCGGCGCGUUCAUGGUCGGCAUCGUCGUCCCCAAGGACGGGCCGUUCGCCGGAGUGCUCCUCGAGAAGGUAGAGGAGCUCAUCUCCGGCCUCUUCCUCCCGCUUUACUUUGUCUCCAGUGGGCUCAAGACCAACGUGGCCACCAUCCGGGGAGCCAAGUCGUGGGGCCUCCUCGUGCUCGUCAUCCUCAACGCCUGCGUCGGCAAGAUCGGCGGCGCCGUCGGCACGUGCCUCCUCGUCAAGAUCCCAUUCCGGGAGGCCAUCACAAUCGGUUUCCUCAUGAACACCAAGGGGCUCGUCGAGCUCGUGGUGCUCAACAUCGGCAGGGACCGCAAGGUGCUCAACGACGAGGCCUUCGCCAUCAUGGUGCUCAUGGCCUUGUUUACAACUUUCAUCACCACGCCGAUUGUCAUGGCCGUCUACAAGCCGGCGCGCCCGUCGGCGUCGCUCCCGUACAAGCGCCGCACCGUCGGUGGGGACGACGUGGACGGCGAGCUUCGUGUGCUCGCCUGCUUCCACGGCUACCGCAACAUCCCUACGCUGCUCAACCUCGUCGAGCUCUCGCGGGGCACUCGCCGCCGCCUCGUCGUAUACGCCAUGCACCUCGUCGAGCUCUCCGAGCGGUCGUCGGCCAUCUCCAUGGUGCACCGAACGCGCCGCAACGCCUUGCCCUUCUUCAGCAACAACAGGUCGUCGUCGGAGACGACGACGGAGGUGGCGUUCGAGGCGUUCCAGCAGUUGAGCACCGUGAGGGUGCGGCCCAUGACGGCCAUCUCGGUCCUGGACACCAUCCACCGGGACAUCAUCGACAGCGCCGCCUCCAAGCGCGCCGCCGUGGUCAUCGUGCCGUACCACAAGACGCUCCAGGCCGACGGCUCCUUCCACUCGCUCGGCUCCGCCUACCACGCCGUCAACAAGCGCGUGCUCCGGGAGGCGCCGUGCUCCGUCGCCAUCCUCGUCGACCGCGGCCUCGGCGGUCACUCCCAGGUUGCCGCCCAGAACGUGGCCUUCACGGUCUCCGUGCUCUUCUUCGGCGGGCCGGACGACCGGGAGGCGCUGGCCUACGCGACGCGCAUGGCGGAGCACCCCGGCGUCGCCGUCACCAUGUCACGUUUCCAGCCCAACCGUGCUUUUCCCGAGGACGGCGAGGACGUCGCCGACGAAGCGGCGGUGGAGGCGUUCAAGGCCAGGGUCGCCGCCGCGGUGGAGGACGGGUCCGUGCGGUUCGAGGAGCGGGAGGCGCGCACCAAGGAGGAGGUGCUGGAGACCAUCGCCUCGCUGUCCAAGUGCAACGUGUUCGUGGUGGGGCGGAUACCGCCGACGGCCCCUCUGGUGGAGAACGCCGACGAGCUGGGCCCAGUGGGGAGCUACCUCGCGUCGGCGGAGUUCAAGACGUCAGCGUCGGUGCUGGUCGUCAAGAGGUACGACCCGGCGACGAACCCCAAGAGCAUGAGGUUCGACCCCAAGGCGAGGCCGCCGGUCGCGACCGACGUGGAUGACGAGGAGAUGGGCGGCGCCGGCGCCACGGUGGUGCCCGUGCCAUGGUCGCCGUCGCCGAGCGAACUUGCCUGAGAGCCGAUGGAUCGAGAGCAUCUCGAUCGUCGAUCGGUCGCCGUACGGAGCCGGUACGUGUCUGAGACCGAAGGCACCUACACCAACAUGUACAGAGAAGUGCUGCCGUUUCUUUCUGAAUAAAGCUGCAGGUAUGAGCUAGUAGUAUACAGUAUCACCUAGUAGUACGUUGCACAAAGCAUACCUACAAAUACAUAGUAUUGCUAGCUAGUUUAGUGCUUCAAGUAUUGCGAGUGUAUAUGUUUUCCAUGUUUAGUUCCUCACAAUUGUGCAAAUGGAGAAAUGUGUGACCAAU